GUACAAGAUCAACAGGAGCAGCUGGACCUAUCUUUCCUGCAAACGUUACUCCAUAAAGUUAAAAGUCCCCCUAUUACUAAACUAGAAGUAAACGUAGUCGGUUAUAAUGGCAGAAAGUAAUCGUAAAAUCUUGGAUACCGAAUGUAUUCCAUCGUUGGAAGACUUCUCACCUAUAAUUGAAUACUACAAAGACAAAAGUAUAUUUAUUACCGGAGCGACUGGAUUUGUUGGAAAGAUUUUAUUGGAGAAAUUAUUAAGAUCGUGUAACGGUUUAAAGAAGGUUUAUAUUUUGCUACGUUCUAAAGAUGGGGAAGACAUCAAGCAAAGAUUAGAAAAUUUAUUGAAUAUUAUGAUUUUUGACAAAAUUAAGAAACAAAAUCCCGAAAUCUUAAACAAAGUCGUACCCAUUAAUGGAGACAUCACCUUACCAAAUUUGGGUAUCAGCAACCACGAUAUGUCGACAUUAUUGGCAAAUGUGUCCAUUGUAUUUCAUUGUGCUGCAACAGUAAGAUUUGACGAGCCGUUAAAACGAGCUGUUAAUAUUAAUAUAAUAGGAACGAAAAAAGUAAUGGAAAUUUGUAAAAACAUGAAGGAGUUGAAGGCAUUAAUACACGUUUCGACGGCCUAUAGCUUUUGUAAUCGCAAAGAAAUCGACGAAAUUGUUUACUCAGAGCAAUUAACUGCUCAACAAGUCAUCGAAGCUUCUCAAUGGAUGGAUGAAGAUUUAUUAGAUUGUAUAGUGCCGAAAUUACUGAAUGGUAGACCAACAACAUAUCAUUACACUAAAGCUCUGGCAGAAAACCUUUUACUAGAACAAGGAGAAAAUCUACCCAUAGCAAUUGUUCGACCUUCUAUCGUUUCAGCAACGUGGCAAGAGCCAAUUCCUGGUUGGAUAGACAAUCUUAAUGGACCUUCUGCUUUUAUUGUUGCUACAGGAAAAGGAUUUUUAAGGACGAUGCUGGUUUAUCGUGAUACCACGGUGGAUAUCGUGCCAGUUGACAUAGUGUCUAAUGCAAUGAUCACGGUGUCCUGGCGGACGGGAACAAAGAAGUCAAGAAGUACAAUGGUGUACAACUGUACUUCCGACAAUCACAUAAAAUUCACUUGGGGAAUGUUGGAGCGGCAUAUUUAUCCAUUAGUUUUGAAGUAUCCAAGCAUGGAAGUCUAUCGUUAUCCAGGAGGAAGCUUCAAGUCAAAUCGUUUCGUAAAUCAGAUAUGCCUGAAAGUCGAACAUGGCCUACCCGCAGUUAUAUUGGAUUUAGUAGCAAAACUUACUGGUAACAAGCCAAGGUUUGUCGAGUUAUACAAAAGAAUGCUAAGAGCUAUGAGCAUUCUUCAGUAUUUUACAACAAAUGAAUGGACAUUUUAUAACGAUAAUCUGUCAGAACUUAGGGAUGAACUUCAGGGAAAUGAUAAGAAAACAUUCAAUUUUGAUUUACGCCACAUUAACAUGUCAGUCUAUUUAGAAAAUUACGUCAGAGGACUUAGAAGAUUUAUUUUACAUGAGGAUGAUGCAACAUUACCUGCUGCCAGAAGAAAACUUACAAGAUUAUACUAUUUGGGAAAAGUUCUCAGGUUGAGUAUAGCAAUAUCAUUACUCAGAAUAGUAAUGACUCGGUCACAUUACAUGCAUCAUAUAUGGUGGUCUCUAAUCUCAUUAUGUGCAAGAUUUUAUGGAGAACUAUUACAAAAGUUCACACCCAGCUAACACAACUGAAGAUUGAAAACAACGCUUGUAUCAUCAUUCAUCCCUCUACAAAAAACUUAAUACCUGUGUGAAGUUAUGUAUAUUUUUGUAUAUAUAUAAAAUUAAGCUUACAAGACAAGACAAAAGCCUACUUCAUCAUUACUUAUAAAUAUUUUCAGUAAUUAAGUUUUAUUUCAGUUUUUUACAACUAAUUCUUAUCUUUGUUAAAUACUAUGAAAAGUCUGGACUUCAUGAGUGUGCCACAAAUGUUAAAAUUUAUUGCCAAAAUAAAUGUAAAUUGUAUCAUCUAUCAUUAAUCUUUUUGAAAGAACAAAUUGCAAAUAAAAAAUCAAAUAAAAAUAACAAAUUGCAAAUAAAAAUAAAAAUUAAAAACUAUUUGGGCAUAAAUAUUUAAAAUAUUUAUGCCCAAAUAGUAUUUAAAUUGCAAAUCUACAAUUUAACAAAUGAAUAGCUGGAUUCUCUAUCGGGCUUUAAGGUUAAAUAAUUACUAAGCAACUUGGAAGGAAGCAGGCUGCCAUUCAAUUAGCAGAUAUGAAAUUAUCAAAAGUACAGAAAAAUAUUUUGCAACAGUUAAAAAAUUUUUUAUGAUUACAUUACACAUUUAUCCUCUUCUACAUUUCUUAAGUUUCUAAAAAUAAAACACUAGACAUUUUAUAUAGCAAGUACUGUGUUCAUGUUUCAACUAAAUAAUUGUUCUAUCCAUUUUAUAUUAUUAUUAUUAUUAAUAUUGCUAUAAGUUGAAGAGAGACUUUUGUUUUGUCCUUGUAUAUUUGUUAUAAUGUAAUAUUGUAUAAAUUUAUUAAUCACAAGUAACAAAAUAAAAA